GGCUUGGAAGCGCCGCAUUGCAAUGAAUGGGUCUUCGUGGAUAUGCUCAGCCCAUCCACGACGGUGACUGUGCGGCCCCGGUCCGCCUCCAGCAUCAGCAGCAGCAGCAGCCCAUCCAUCAUCCAUCAUCAUAGUAGUAGUGCUUCUCCUCCAAACGACCCCAAGGCGGUGGUUCUGCGCCAUAAGCAGCUGGCCAGAGCAGAACGGCGGCCGGGCCACCAGAGGCGAUAUGCUCCCAAGACGAGGACCGGCUGCAUCACAUGCAAAAUCAGAAGGGUAAAGUGCGAUGAGGACAAGCCGCAUUGUAAACGAUGCACCACGACCGGCCGCAAGUGUGAUGGCUAUGCACAGCUGGGCGACUCCUCGAAUACGCCCAGGUCGCCAGAGCCAGGUUUGACCGUGGCCUUGGUGAAUGAUGUAUCCAGUGAUGCUCUGGAACGAAGGACUUUCGACUUUUUCCGUGCUCGGACCGCUCCUUGUGUUUCUGGCUACUUUGCGGACGCCGUCUGGGAUCGACUGGUCCUACAGCUGAGCCACCACGAACCGGCCGUGCGACAUGCCAUCAACGCACUGGGUGCACUCCAUGAGGAGCGGUCAUUGCGAAGGUCGGCCGGGGCAGAAGGCAUCGACGUGUCGCUCGUCAAGACUGGAUUCCCCAUAUUACAGUACUCGAAAGCACUCAAUGAGAUGCAAGAGCUGUUGAAGAGCGGCAAAGCAUCCUUGGACGUGAUUCUCUUAUGCUCACUGUUAUGUAUCCACUUCGAGGCAUUGCGAGAAUCCUUCGUUCCUGCUCUAAUGCAUGUAGAGAACGCGAUCCAACUCCUCAAUUCGACCGCAUCGUUCGACGCGCGGAAAGUCAACCCCAGCCUGGUGCGGGCAGUGAUGCGGAUGGACUUGCAAGGUACACUAUAUCUGGGCUCGCGAGUGCCCGGAAUGCCCUUCUUUACGGCAGCCACAGAUUCGGUUCUACCGGAAACCUUUCAUGAUCUUACCCAUGCUCGGGAUCUGGUCAACACCUGGACCAGUCGUCUUUUGCAUUUUAUGAGGACAGUGGGUGAUCACCACAAAAUCAGGUUCCCUGGCAACUUCUCCAUUGAUAAGCUCGCCCAAGCGCAGGCGCUAGAACAGACGUUUAUACAAUUAGAUGCACUGCUGUGGGAGUUCAUGCACAAACCUACCGCGAAGCUGAGCACCAGGGAACAACAUGGCCUGGGCAUGCUCCGCAGCCGGACGAAGAUGAACCGUAUCCUUGCUUCCUCCAGUCUGUACACGGAGGCGUGCUAUUUCGAUCAAUUUCUUGACGAGUUCGAGAACAUACUCACCAUCUGCAUGUACAUUAUGGGUUCUGACAACGCGGAUCGGAGACUCUUUUCCGUCAGCCUGGAUGAAGGAUUGAUCCAUCCUCUGUUUUUCUGCGCGACGCAUUGUCGUGAUGGCAGGAUCCGACACCAAGCGCUGGCCCAGCUGAGGAAACUUCCGGUGAGGGACGGAAUAUGGCACGUCGAGACCACGACGCGGACUGCCGAGAUGUGCAUACGGUUCGAGGAAGAGUUGUGCGGCAAAGCCCCUGGCACCGCUCUCUGCUCUGAUAUCCCCGAGUGGCGAAGAGUACACUCUGCCAGCUUCGACACCAUGGGCGACGAGUCCGCCCCGAAGAAGAAGGUCAUGGUCAAGCUUCGCUCGAGACCGAAUGGGACCGAUGGCGAGUGGGUGGAGCACGAGCAAUUCAUUGAUUGGUUAGUCCCGAGCCAGCACAAACACAUUCGCGAGAACGUUGGACUCAUCAUGCAAAACUCUUCAGCUCCCUCUCGGGCAAUCGGUCAAUAAUCAGAAUCCAGCAAAUCGAAUCCCGAUUCAACCCAGAGGGCGGAGCUGCACCCAGAAAGCAGAUCAGCAGAUGGAAAGGGAAAGGCGAUUGAAGCUCGCGUAUGAGUUUAGCCAGAGGUGUGCGCGUGAUAUGUAUGGGUUCAUGGUGCGAGAGCGGGAGCAGAGAUCAAUUACUAUAUCAAUCAAUCACAGCAGGCCGAGCGUAUCCGGACGCGAUCGUGUAGGAAUAUAUGUACGAG